AUGAAUGAAUGGGAUCCAGAAAAACAGUCAAUCUUAGCUGGAGACGUAGAAGCAAAAUCUUCAGAUGCCCAGCAAGCAUUCAGUCCAGAUUAUCAGCAGAAGUUUCCAGAGAAUGAAGCUGGUCACUAUAUUUCCCCCUUUCAUGAUAUUCCUCUGAAGGUGGAAUCUAAAGAGGAAAAUGGCAUUCCUACAAAGAGAGCACGGAAUGAUGAAUCUGAGAAUUUGUUUAAUAUGGUUGUUGAAGUACCUCGGUGGACAAAUGCUAAAAUGGAGAUUGCCACAGAGGAGCCAUUGAAUCCCAUUAAACAAGACGUAAAGGAUGGCAAGCUACGUUAUGUGGCGAAUAUUUUUCCUCAUAAGGGUUAUAUAUGGAAUUAUGGUGCCCUCCCUCAGACUUGGGAAGAUCCCCACAGAAACGAUAAGAGCACAGACUGCUGUGGAGAUAAUGAUCCUAUUGAUGUCUGUGAAAUAGGUUCAAAGGUUCUUUCUCGUGGAGAGGUUAUUUGUGUGAAGAUCCUUGGGAUUUUGGCUCUUAUCGAUCAGGGUGAAACAGAUUGGAAAUUAAUUGCUAUCAAUGUGAAAGAUCCAGAAGCCUCAAAGUUUCAUGAUAUUGAUGAUGUUCGGAAGUACAAACCAGGUUAUUUGGAAGCUACACUUAAUUGGUUUAGAUUUUAUAAGGUGCCAGAGGGAAAACCAGAAAACCAUUUUGCUUUUAAUGGAGAAUUCAAAAACAAGGCUUUUGCUCUUGAAGUUAUUAAAUCUACACAUGAAUGUUGGAAAGCAUUGCUUAUGAAACAGUGUGAUGGAGGGGCUAUAAGUUGCACAAAUGUGCAGAUAUGCGAUAGUCCUUAUCAUUGUGCUCAAGAGAAAGCAAGAUCAUUAGUUGAAUCGGUAUCAUCUUCAAUAAGUAAAGAAAGUCAAGAAGAAGAGCAAGUGUGGCACUUCCUUGGCAAGUGAUGGGAACAUUUGAAGUUCUGCCAUCAAGAUUCCAGUCUCUGAGGACUUCCAGACUGUCUCCCUCAAGUGCUGGAGAUAGGCAGAUCGAUGAGAAUUUGCUAACUUUCUGUUGAAACUCUUUUUCCCCCCAAACUUUCUGGGAUAUGCACUAUGUAAAUAAACACUGGUUUUGAAUUA